AUGAUCGCUGAAGAUAACGAUUUCCGCCUCAUUUAUGUGCUAUGGCGUUGGUGCCUUAGUGGUGCAACGGAGUCUAAAGGUUUUGGAGAACUCGCUUAUCAAAUCAGCGAUAUCAAGGAGUUGUCAGGAUUACCCAGAACCUACAUAAACCGAACGGUGAACGGGAAGAGAAUCGGACCUGACCCGGAUUCAAUGCUCUCAGCUCCUGAGGAUCCUAAUCUCGAGAAACUUACACGUGUAGUGUUCAGUCUUCUUCGAUGUGGACGUUUUGAGGAGGCAAUGAAGUUAAGUGGCGAUAUGUAUGUGCCUUGGUUGGUUCCGCUGAUUCGGUCACAGCUGCUUCUCGUCGAUUCAAGUUUAAUCAGUGCUGAACUCACGAAGCAGGAAAGAGCCCGCUUUCACUUCAGGAAACUAUUUUACCAGACUAUGGUUAAAGCAAUUUCCGAGACCAAAUAUUCAAUGGGAAUUCGAAUGGUGUUUGCUGCUAUUGCAGGAGAUUGGCAAUUUCUUCUCCCUUUAGCCGUCACUGUGGAUGACCGACUUUGGUGCUAUGCUAAUUUGCUGCUGUCCAGGCUAAAUACUGCUCUUGGAAUUGAACAUCCGAUUUUUGCCCCUACAACAGUUGAAGGAAUAUUUGAAGCCAUAGCCACGUCGGAGCCUUCUCCAUAUUACAUCCUCAUGAGCUAUAUGAUGAGAGGUGCGUGGGAAGAGGCGGUCGAUUGGAUGUAUUCGUAUUGUCUGGACGUUGAAAGAAGCCGGGAGCAAAAGUACAGUCGCUGUACCGUUUUUUCGGUCUUGUCACAAGAGAAUCAUGGCAAAAAUCUUGUCGGCCGUAUGAUUGACGUUUUGCUCCAGAAGCAGGUGUUUAGCCUGAUUCCGUUUUAUGCGGCGCUUUUGCCGAAAGAUGACGCUCUGAAGCGUAUUUGGGAUGUAAUGCCACGGAAUAUGUGGUUGACAUGGCGAUCUUAUGCGCUGAUUAGCGCCUGUGGCGACAAGAAGCUUCUGAAUGCCAUCGCCGAAACCAAUGGUGUUCUGCGCUAUUAUUUGCUAGGUGAUAUGGAAGAUGAGGCGAGCGCUCUGAUCGAUAGGUGUGAGCAGUUGAAAUUGGUGGAUCGCCUUGCUGCACUGGUAAAGAAUGAGAACAGUGAUGAAACGUCACAAUGGGCAACUACAGCGGGUAUUGCUAUUGACGAGUACAACAAUCACUGCUUAUACUUGCGAACAUUUGAUGCGAUCACAGCGUUUGUGCGACAUCCAGGCUGGAGGUCAGAGACAGAAGAGGACUGGGGCCGAUCAGAACAGCUGAAGGCACUGCGAGAGCGAUGUUAUGCGAAUAUGCUAAGUGUGCUGAUACGUGAUCUGAGAAUGUGUAAUGACACCGAUACUGUCUUAGACGUUCUUGCGGUGCUGGCUGACGAAGGACUAGAGCUUUAUAAGGUUUGUAAG